CCCUUCAACCGUCUCACCGGCGCCUCAUUUGAUUUCCAUCUUCAUUAUCUCCCCCGCGAAAACCUCAUCCCUUUUAAAGGUUUAGCAGUAAAGAAAACAAAUCAUGGCGACCACGACAGCCCCAGCAACCGCAAGGCAGCUAUCUCCUAAAGAAGCCGACAUCCAAAUGAUGUUGGCUGCCGAAGUCCAUCUGGGUACCAAGAACUGUGAUUUCCAAAUGGAGCGUUACGUCUUUAAGCGCCGCAAUGACGGAAUCUACAUCAUCAACCUUGGCAAGACCUGGGAGAAGCUUCAGCUCGCAGCACGGGUAAUUGUUGCUAUAGAGAACCCCCAAGAUAUCAUUGUCCAAUCUGCAAGGCCCUAUGGUCAGAGAGCUGUACUGAAAUUUGCGCAGCACACUGGUGCUCAUGCAAUUGCUGGAAGGCACACUCCCGGUACAUUCACUAACCAACUUCAGACAUCUUUCAGUGAGCCUCGCCUUCUUAUCCUUACAGAUCCUAGGACUGAUCAUCAGCCUAUCAAGGAAGCAGCUCUUGGAAACAUUCCAACCAUUGCUUUUUGUGAUACUGACUCACCAAUGCGGUAUGUUGACAUUGGUAUUCCUGCUAAUAACAAGGGAAAGCACAGCAUUGGCUGUCUUUUCUGGCUGUUAGCAAGGAUGGUUCUUCAGAUGCGUGGUACAAUUGCUCCUGGACAGAAAUGGGAUGUGAUGGUGGAUUUAUAUUUCUACAGGGAGCCUGAGGAAGCUAAACAGCAGGAAGAGGAGGAAGCAGUUGCUGCCCCUGACUAUGGAGUUCCUGCUGUAGAUUACGGAAUGGGUGCUUUAGCAACUGACCAAUGGCCCAGGCAAAUAAGUGAUCAGUGGUCAGCUGAUGUGGUUCAGCCACCUAUUUCUGGUGUUCCUGCUGUUAAUUGGGGUGAACAAGUCGCUGUUAAUGCCAAUGAUUGGGAUACUGCAACUGCACCUGCACCACAUAUCACCGAUUCUGGCAUUGAUGUUACUGCUACCGCUCCUACUGGCUGGGAAUGAGAGAACGUUCUUGCUUUUAAAAUGAGCUAGUUUGAACUUCUAUCAUUAAGAUGGAAUUGUGUUUUUGGCACAGUUUAGUUAUAGUUUUCGCAUCAAUGGCUUAGAGAUUUUUGUUAUUGUGUUGGUUUCUUAAUUGAUGAAAAUUUUUUUGUUAUAUGCGAAAAUGACUGUCAUCAGAAAGUUACAUACAUGCUUUUCAUUUUUUCCUACUGCGGCAAUGUUAUC